AUUUCAUUGUAGAUUAGGUUCAAAUUAAACUAAACUCAUCUCUAAAUUGAAUGAGUUACCCUUAUAAGCUACGAGACCUUUUCUCGGUAAUAACACAAAAAAAGUUUAUGUUCUCAUCAUAUGUAUGAGAUGUCUAAUUAUCCCAUGUAUUAAGCGGGUCUCUCGUUAAGACUGCCUCAUCUUAAAAUUUAUAAAAUUUAUUUGGAUUAAAAUUAAGAUGAAACAAGUAAUCUCUAAAAUAAUCUGUAACUCAUGGGGAACGAUAUUUUCAAAAUACAUAGUAUGGUCCAUGGAUAUUAAUAUUUUCGUUAUUAUUGAUAUAAUAAUAUACUUCAUCCGUUCUGAAAUACUCACUAUUAUAUUAAGUUAUUGACUUUAUUCAUCCUUCACGUCUAUUUUAUAUAUUGCUGCUAAUGUGUAUAGUUCAAUGUAAAAUUAUCAAAAUAACACAUUAUAUUGUGUAAAAAAUCAAAUAUAACAAAUAUAGUAAAACAAAGGUAGUAUGAGCUAAUUAAAAGAUCAGAACAAAUGCACACCAUCAUCCUCGUUAUUAUUACUUGUAAUUCACGUUUCCUUGAAUCACCAUAAGCUUGUCACUUUCUUAUUUGAAUAGCAAAAGACAAAUUAUAAUUUAAACUGUCACGGUCUCACUUUAAAAUGUACUUUUUAUAUUGAUUCAACCAACACAAAUUAUUAGCCUAUUUAUAUCAAAAAACAUUCUUUCAAAAAACUAGCUCUUAUAAAUUUAUAAUUAACGUUGUCCCAAAUAUGCAAAUGAUGCCCUUUUAAUCACUAAACCCAAGAGGCCAAGACCCAAACUACAAAAUUUGCACCCUAAAUUCUCAACUACUUUUCCUAAAUAUAUAUCUCCCAACUUACCUCAUCCUAUAUAUCACUCUUCAUCACACAAUCCACUCAAUUCUUACCUUUUCUCCACCCGUAAUUAAACACAUUAAACCCAUCAAUAUUACUUAAUACCACAAAAGAUCAAAAUAAAAGAAAAAAUUUCCAUAUCAAAAUCAAAAUGGACACCAUACAAGUCUUCUUAGGCAUGGCGGCCAUGGUAUCGUCCUACAUGUUAUGGUUCUCACAUUUGUCUCGACGACUUAGUACAGGUCCGAACCUGUGGCCUCUAGUUGGAAGUCUUCCUUAUCUAUUUAAGAAUAGGCAUCGAAUCCAUGAUUGGAUUGCCGGGAACCUUCGAAAAACCGGUGGGACCUCCACGUACCAAACAUGCACCCUAGCGUUACCUUUCUUGGCGUACAAACAAGGGUUUUUUACGGUUACAUGCCACCCAAAAAAUAUAGAGCACAUUCUCCGAACCCGGUUCGAUAAUUAUCCUAAGGGCCCACAAUGGCAAGCUGCUUUUCAUGAUUUGUUAGGUCAAGGUAUUUUUAAUAGUGAUGGUGAGACUUGGCUUUUACAACGUAAAACCGCGGCACUUGAAUUUACUACAAGGACUCUACGUCAAGCCAUGAACCGGUGGGUGAACCGGACCAUUCGAACCCGACUUUGGAAGAUUUUGGAAACCGCUGGAGAAGAGAAAAAACCGGUUGAUUUACAAGACUUGCUUCUUAGGCUUACCUUUGAUAAUAUUUGUGGGUUGACUUUUGGAAAAGAUCCGAUGACUUUGGCACCGGGUCUUCCGGAUAACCCAUUUGCAUCCGCUUUUGACUCUGCCACCGAGUCAACCCUCCAAAGACUACUUUACCCGGAAUUUUUAUGGAGGGUAAAAAAGGUAUUUCAACUAGGAACCGAGGCGAAAUUACAAAAAAGCCUUGAAGUGGUAGAAAAUUACAUGUCGAGUGCCCUUGAUGCAAGAAAAGAAAACCCAUCUAAUGAUUUAUUAUCGAGGCUUAUGAACAAAAGAGAUCAAAACGGCAAUGCAUUUACCGAUGAUGUGCUUAAACGCAUCGGAUUAAACUUCGUACUUGCUGGACGUGACACGUCAUCAGUUGCGCUGAGUUGGUUUUUUUGGCUUGUCAUGAAUCACCCAGAGAUUGAAAACAAGAUAAUGGAUGAAGUAUUGACGGUCCUAAAACAAACACGUGGUGAUGAUCCGAUAACAUGGGUGCGGGACCCACUUGAGUUUGAUGAAGCUGAUAAACUUGUUUACCUCAAAGCAGCUUUAACUGAGACUUUACGAUUAUAUCCCUCAGUUCCAGAAGACUUUAAGUACGUAAUAAACGACGACGUAUUACCAGACGGCACUAUGGUGCCUGCGGGGUCCACGAUUACGAACUCAAUUUACUCUGCAGGAAGGAUGAAAACCAUUUGGGGGGAAGAUUGUUUAGAAUUUAGACCGGAAAGAUGGUUAAAUGAACCGGGUGCUCAUUCGGGUUCAAAAUACCGAUUUGAACAACCAAAAGACGGGUAUAAAUUUGUGGCGUUUAAUGCAGGGCCUAGGACAUGUUUAGGAAAAGAUUUGGCGUAUCUACAAAUGAAAGCUGUUGCUUCUGCGAUACUACUUUGUGAUCGGCUAAUGCUCGUCCCUGGUCAUCAGGUCGAGCAAAAAAUGUCAUUGACUUUGUUUAUGAAACAUGGACUCAAAGUUUAUGUGGAGCCUAGAGAGCUUAAGGGUGUUGCCGGUGGUGUUAUCACGAAUGCUUAGAAAAAAAAAGCAUUUUCAUCCUUUUUUAAUGUUCAAAGAUGUAAAAUUUGUUGAUCUCAUAAAACUAUAAUAUGCAUUUUGGUUUAGAUUUUCUUAUAUAGACGUAUAGCACUUUGUUUUAUUUUAUACUACAAUGCUUUGAAUUGUGAUUGUGUUCGAUGAUAAUUUCUUAUUAUGAUGUUGGUAAAAGGAGAUAAUUUGUAUUCACACUUUAUAAUCUCUUAGUGUUUUAAGGAUAAUAUUUUGUUGAUUCCUAACAUUUCAUCUGUUUUAUAUUACUUUCUACAUUUUUUAACUUUAGCAAUAUCAUAUUAUUUGCUAUAUUUUUAUUUUUAACAAUAAAACAACCAUAUAAAUGUCUACUUUACCCCUACUUUUAUCCUAUUCUAUACUUUAUCAACUUUUAUAUCUACAAUUAUUAAACAUUUAUCUAUUCCCAACUAAAAUUAAUAAUUUCCUCCAUAUUUAUUUACAAUCCCGAAUAAUGUUACUCUCCCAACCAACUAAAAUUAAUCUCCCCAUUUAUUUUCCCAACUGACUUCAAUUUCAACCCCCAUUUAUUCCUCUUACUGACUUCAAUUCCAACAAACUCUCUUAAUUCUGAGAGCAAUCUGCACUGUCAUUGUGUUUUAAUAUUUGAUUUGUUUUCAAACUUAUUUAUGAAUCAAACCAAUUCGAGAUUAGGGUUUUUUAUUUUCUUUGGUUUGUUAUCUGAUUUAAUAUGUGUUGGACAUUCUGAUAGGCUUGAGAUUAGAAAUUAGUCAUAACGGUUUCCGGUCUUGCUUGCUGAGUUCUCUUUUGUUUGAUUAAUAGGCUUGUAUUAAUUCCUUCUAUAUAUACAUGUAUAGCUCUGCGUUUUCUGAUGACGAAAUAAUAAGAGAAAUUCUUCUCUGUAUUUGGGUGGUUGAUGCUUUCUGUUUUCUCCGCAUUCGUUCUCUUCUGUUCAUCCAAAGAAUUCUAACAUGGUAUCAGACGCCAUUAAAGGUUUUUCAAUUCUGAUCUUUUUUUUUUUUUUUUUUUUUUUUUUUUUUUCUGAUUCUUCUGCCUCUUUGUUUCUUUUGCUUCUUGAUUGCCCUUCAUUGUUGAUAUCACAUUUGCAUGUGUUCUUUACUCUUUUCUGUUUCUUGCGUUUUGUUUCACUAAUUCAAUUAGUUUUUCUUCCGUUCUUCUUCUUCUUCUUUCUCUGUCGACCAAGUGUUUGUCAAAAUGUCUGAACCAACACAAAAUUCACCAAAUAACAACAAUAAUACUCAACACAAUCAAGAUCCUUGCACCAUUUAUGGAAGCCAUUUCUACAUUUAUCAUUCAGAUACUACUAUUAUCAAACUUGUUCCUGAGCCCUUCAAUGGCACAGGAUUCAUUGAUUGGAAAAGAUCUAUGCUUUCCUUAUCCCCUAAAAAUAAACUUUGUUUCAUUGAUGGCUCCCUUUCUGAACCUCCUUAUGCGAUCUAGGUUUUUGAUGGUCUUUAUGUAUCAUCUUCUAUAUUCUUCAUCCUCUUAAUCAUCUUUUAUGAUUUAUUUAUUUAUUCCUUGGUUUUAAUCUAUUUUAUUAAUGAUAUGGUAUGUAAAAUUUUAAUUAUUGUGCUUAUUUUGUUAUGAUCUUGGUUUGAUUUUUUUGAUCUAUUCUAAAGUUAAUUUUUGUUUUGACUUGGGUUGAUCUAUUUUGUUCUGAUUUAUUUUAUUUAGAUUAAAGUUAAUUUUUUUACGAUUUAGUCAUCACUUCCUCUGGUAUGUUAAUUUGUUUUGAUUUAUUGAUUGCAUGUUGUUCGAUUUAGUCAUCAACUGUUUUGUUUUUUUGUUUUUUCCAAUUUAUUGCUUUCAUGUUGUUCGAUUUAUUUUUUUAUUUUGUUCUGUUUUAAUCACUUGAUUUCGAUUUGGUUUUGAUCCUUUUUUUUUUCUAUACUAAUUUAUUUUUUGAUCUAGUUUGAAGCAUUUUUUUUUUUCCGAUUUAGUCAUUAUCAUCUAUUUUAUUAAUUUAGUCAAUUCUGUUUUGUUUUGUUCAUUUAAGUCAUCAUCAUCUACUUUGUUAUUUUAGUCAUAAUCUGUUUUCUUUUUUGUUCAUUUAGUCAUCAUCAUCAUCAUCUAUUAAGUCAUCAUCAUCUACAUUAUUAAUUUAGUCAUGAUCUGUUUUGUUUUGUUCAUUUAGUUGUCGUUAUCAUCAUCAACAUCAUUUAUUUUGUUAAUUUAGUCAUCAUCAAUUUUGAUCUAGUUUUGGUUUGAUUUAGAAUUUUUAGAGUUUAAUAUUACUGUUUUGUUCUAAAUUUGGUAUAAUGAAGUUAAUUUUUUGUCCACUUGGUUGAUAGUUGAUGGUUUUGACUUAAUCACUUGGUUCUGAUUUAUGGUUGAUGGUUGAAGUAUAUUUAGGGUUACUGUUUUAAUCACUUGGUUGAUGGUUCUGAUUUAAUCACUUGGUUCUAAUUUGGUAUAUUUAUGGUUUAUGGUUAAGGUUAAUGUUUUGUUGGUGUAAAUAUGUUGUAUAUUGGUUUUAAUUUUGGUUCUGAUUUGUAUACUACUUCCUCUAUUCUGUGUUAGUUGCUACUAAAGAAUAAAUUGCUUUGUUGCCUUUCGAGAUGGACACAAAGAAAAAUUUGCUCGGCUCGAUAAGUACUGUCCAAAAUAAAAAAUAUCAGAUAUGACAAUAUCUUUGGCAUGGUAUGACCACUAUUAUCUUAAUUGUGGGGAAUUCAUUGCUCUUGAUAAUCUCAAACAAGAAACCCCACCUAUAUAUUACAGUUUACUAGAUGAGGAGAAUUGGUUAUCAUUUACGAAGGUUGAAACCUAAACUAUAGAGCCCAAAUCAAAAACAAAGCAACCACACAAGAUAACAAUAAUUGUGCAUCAAACUAAACAUUGGUGGGUGUCUAUAGUAGGUUCUAUUAUUUGGGAUAAAAUAAAAUUAACCCUCCUUAGUUUGUGGUCAUGAGAAAGUUUUGAUUUAAUUGAAUUUGUAUGUGCUUUAAUAUUUUCAGAUUUCAUCAUUUUAUGACUUGUGAAUGUCCGGUACCCAGCACUAGCCAUUGCUCUAAUGGUGGCCCUUUUUCAAUAGUAACACCAUUAAAUAGAUUCAUCAUUCAUGUCAAACACUCUUGGUUUCCUACAAACUCUCUCCCUUUUUCUAUUAUUAACAUCAACAACAAUACCAUUUUACAUUGCUGUUUUGACUGAUUCCCAAUACCUUGUUAUUGUCCACCUAGAAGUAUUAUGUUGCAAUAAAAUUGUUUUGAUAGAACCCCUUGGUAAACGUCUAUCACGUUCUUUAGACAAACAAAUUAAUUGUUGUACAAUUAACUUUCUGGUUUGUGUUGGCAAUUCUCAUCUAUGACCAACGGCUAAAUCUUCAUGGUUUGAUUGUUGUGUUGGAGUUUGUUCCUGGUUUGGUUAUGUUACUUUUUCUUCAUGUAAGUCUAAUUGACUUUGGCUAGUAGAAUCAUCUAAAGGCAAACUAACAUUUAUAUUUCCAUAAUUUUCACAUGUGUACUCCUUAUAAAUAUCAAAUUCAAAUUCUAUGUUGAGAUUUUAAAAGUUAGAAAUACCUCAAUAUCAGGAUUGGUGAAUUCAUCUUAUUGGCCUUGAACUUCGUCUAUCUUUUCUUUUUUACUUUUGAACUUCACUUGUGUACUAUUUGGCUAGAAAGU